GCCACUAUUCGGAUAGAAAAAGGUGUCAAAAAGCCACGGCCACAGAUGAAGACUCCUGCUGCUAAUGGCAUCAUCGAGAGGGACGAGACGCCCAUGGAGCAGGAGAUCGCGCGCCUGCGGCAGGCGGACUUCGAGUUCUCCGACAUAUUCUACUUCUGCAGGAGGGGCUUUGAGGCCAUCGUGGAAGAUGAAGUCACCCAGAGGUUUUCCUCCGAGGAGCUGGUUUCCUGGAAUCUCCUGACGAGGACCAACGUGGACUUCCACUACGUCAGCGUGCGGCUGACGGUGGUGUGGGUGGCGGGGGUGGCGGUGCGGUACUGCCUCCUGCUGCCCCUGCGCUUCACCCUUGCUGCCAUUGGGAUUACCUCAAUGAUUGUGGGGACAACAAUAGUAGGACAGCUGCCAAACAGCAGUGUGAAGAACUACCUGAGUGAAGUGGUCCACCUCACGUGCUCCCGCAUCCUCGUCAGAGCCCUGUCUGGGACUAUCCACUACCACAACAAGGAGAACAAGCCUCAGAAAGGAGGAAUUUGUGUUGCAAACCACACGUCGCCCAUCGACGCCAUCAUUUUGACAAAUGAUGGAUGCUAUGCAAUGGUGGGGCAGGUCCACGGGGGGCUGAUGGGGGUGAUCCAGAGGGCCAUGGUCAAGGCCUGUCCGCACGUCUGGUUCGAGCGCUCCGAGGUCCGAGACCGCCAUCUAGUGACCAGGAGACUCAGGGAACAUGUGGCAGAUAAAAGCAAGCUCCCAAUCUUAAUUUUUCCAGAAGGAACCUGCAUAAACAACACGUCUGUGAUGAUGUUCAAGAAGGGGAGCUUUGAAAUAGGAGGAACAAUCUAUCCUGUUGCAAUCAAAUAUGACCCCCAGUUUGGAGAUGCCUUCUGGAACAGCAGCAAGUACAACAUCAUCAGCUACCUGCUGCGCAUCAUGACCAGCUGGGCCAUCGUCUGCAACGUCUGGUACCUGCCACCCAUGCUCAGAGAGGAAGGUGAAGAUGCUACUCAGUUUGCCAACAGGGUGAGAUCAGCCAUUGCUCGCCAGGGAGGACUGACUGAGCUGCCCUGGGAUGGAGGUCUGAAGCGAGCAAAAGUCAAAGAUACUUUCAAAGAAGAACAGCAGAAAAACUACAGCAAGAUGCUAGUGAGAAAUGGAGGUUUGUCUACAGGAACAGAGUCAGACUGA